ACCCCGCCCUCUCCAUUGACCCCGCCCCAGGUUUCUUAGGAGAUGAGAGACGCCGAAUCUUGGUCCAUGCAGGCGGCGCGGGGAGCAGGACAGGGGCAGAGGAAACCCCUCUGAGGUCUGUACUUCGAGGGCGGCCAUGCAGAGCUCUCACAGCUCCUGCCAGGAUUGGUGCAGCAGUGGGCAAUACUGGUUUGAGCUCGGACCCACGGACUUGCUGGAGCGCAAGGGCUCCCUGACCCUCCGCUCCCGUAGCAAGAAAUACUCGAAACCGGUGUUGGUGUAUUCCUGGCACCAUGACAGAGAAGCUUAUCCCAAAGAUUAUGAUAUAGAGGGUCCUGAGGAAGUAAAAAAACUGUGUAAUUCAACGUAUUGGCGAUUGGGAACCGAUGAGCCCCCAAUUUGGAUAUCAGAAACACAUGAACAAAUGGCACAAGUUUAUUUAAACAAAGAAUUGGCUGAAAUAAAGAGCAAGCCUUUAUUGAAUGAGGAAACAAUGAACUCUGGGAUUAUUGAAAGGGACACUGGAUUGCCUGCGACAGGCUUUGGAGCUCUCUUCACUAGACACCCACCAGAUCGACGCAAAGUGUUAGUAGUCCCUAAACCACUGCAGAUUGCACAAAGGUUUCUUAACGAUUCAGGAGAUUUGUUGCUGGGGUGUACAUUGACAACAUACGCUGAAGAAUAUGCUCCACCAUAUGAUUAUCAGGCUACGACUCCACUUGAUUAUCCUUGUCAAGACGAUUAUUCAAUAGUCCACAGAAAAUGUCGUUCUCAGUUCACAGAUCUAAAUGGUUCCAAAAGAUUUGGUGUCCACACUUGGCAUGACGAGAGUGGGGUUUAUGCUAAUUCUUAUGUAAAACAAAAGCUCUUCCCAUUGACUGGUGGUCCUAUUGUCCCCUUUUUAAAAUAAUGUAUGGAAUCAGAUUCUCUAACUAAUGAAAGAAUAAGGGAUGUAACACCUGAAGGUUUUCUACCCUAAUAAAUGCAAUGGAAAUGUUACUUUAAUAGGUUCCUUUAAAAACAAAAUCUCGGGCCCAGCUCCGUGGCCAAGUGGUUGAGUUCGCACACUCCGCUUCAGCUUCGCCAGUUCAG